AUGGCGACUCUAGCAGAUGAGCUGCUGAACGAUUUCGAGGACUCUGGCUCGGAAGCAGAGGAGACUCAGCAAGACAAUGAUCCCCUAGGACUUGAUCAUGCGCCCGAGGCGAGCGGUCGCAAAGCAUCGGGCAGCAUGGAUCUGGACGAUGACCAGAGCGAACCUGAGGAUCAAGAUGAAGAAAUGGGUGGGACACCCAAGGGUGCUGUUGAUCCUGUCGAAGAUGCAGAGGAUACAAAGGCAAAGGUCGAGAAGAUGCAGCUGGGUGGCGUCAACGAUGUUCGCAGUGUCGCCAGUCUCAUGUCAAGUUUGGAGCCAGUACUAGAGGUAAGUGACGCACCCGAAAGCACCACUAGCUUGAUGGAAGCUGUGUUUACAUCGUCUCUUGGGAGAACUAGCCCUAACAUCGUCACUCGAACGCUACAGAAAAUCGCACACUACCAGUCGCAACCGACCCCCACAGAACUGCUAGGCAACAUCGAAGACCAUCCCGAAUACCACCUCCUGACACAAUCGAACAGUCUGUCGACUCUCAUAGACAGCGAGAUCGUCUUGGUACACAAGUAUAUCAGGGACCACUACUCAAUACGAUUCCCAGAACUGGAGACGCUCAUCACCAACCCACUGGAGUAUGCGAAGGUCGUCGCGAUCUUGGGCAAUGGACCGCUUGAUUCGGAGAAUAUCAAGAAGCUUCAGCACUCAACGGAAAAUGUCCUUCAAGCUUCCCUGAAGUCCGUUCUCGACGGCCCAUCCCUCAUGAUCGUAACAGUGGAGGCUACGACAACGAAGGGCAGAGACAUGUCGCAAGAAGAACUGGAACGCGUAUACAGAGCCUGUGAAAUGGUCAUUUCCCUCGACAAGGCGAAGAAGACCCUAACGGGCUAUGUCCAGUCGCGCAUGAAUCUGUUCGCGCCGAAUUUGACUGCUAUGAUCGGUUCUCUGACGGCUGCUCAACUGUUGAACGCCGCUGGUGGACUUACUGGUCUGUCGAAGACGCCCGCGUGCAACAUUGCAGCGUGGGGUUCAAAGAAAGGUGCUGGUGCCGCGGGCUUGGCUACGAAUAUUGGCGUCAGACAGCAGGGUUUCCUCUACCAUUCACCCAUCAUUCAAGGCAUUCCCAACGAUCUCAAGAGGCAGGCCAUGCGCAUCGUAUCAGCGAAGCUGCUACUCGCUGCCCGCGUCGACAGAAUUCACUCCAGCGCCGAUGGCUCGACGGGCGAGGAUCUGAAAGAGCAGUGCCUCACAAGACUCGAGAAGCUCACGGAACCGCCUCCAAACAAGGGCCCCAGAGCUUUGCCGGUACCAGAUGACAAGCCUUCCCGCAAGCGUGGUGGUAGAAGGGCAAGGAAGGCUAAGGAGGCUACGGCCAUGACGGAAUUGCGCAAAGCCCAGAAUAGAAUGGCCUUUGGCAAGGAGGAGCGUGAAGUCGGCUACGGCACAGGGGAGACCACGGUCGGCAUGGGUAUGAUCGGUCAGGGUAACGACGGCAGAAUUCGCAACCUCCAAGUCGAUCAACGCACGAGGGCCAAGCUCGGCCAGAAGAACAAGGGCUGGGGCGGCGCAACGCCCAUGGGAGGAGCGGCAUCCUCGCUCAGGGGUUUUGGACAAUCAGCAAACUCCAACAUUGACCUACGCGGCAAGGGCCUGAGGACGUCAGGUGUUGGCACAUCGCUGGGCGCGGGAGCGGGCACGGCAUCCUCGCUGGCCUUCACGCCUGUACAGGGUCUGGAGCUCGUCGACCCCAAGGUCCAGGCUGAACUCAGUCGCAAGCGAAAGGCGGAGGAGGACCGGUGGUUCAAGGGUGGCACUUUCACCCAGGUUGCGGGCUCGUCCAAUGAUGGCUUCAAAAAGCCAGACUUGCCUCCCAGUAAGAGGGUUGAUACCGGCGCCGGCAAGAUGGGACCUCCACCUCCGAGGAGCGGCUGA